GCCCGCCUCAGACCACAAACAUGGCACCCGUCUUUGACAGGCCAGGCUUUUGGGGUGAGCCUACUUCCACUCUGGACUGGUGCGAGGAGAAUUACGCCGUGUCCUUCUACGUGGCCGAGUUUUGGAAUACUGUAAGUAACCUGAUUAUGAUUGUGCCUCCUGUCUAUGGUGCGAUUCAGACUGUGAGGGAUGGUCUUGAAACUCGAUACUUGGCUGCAUUUUUGGGCCUUGCAGAUGCUGCUGAACCUGUUGAGUUCCUCCAGCAUUUUAUGUGUGUUUGUGAUGUGAAAGCUGUUGGAAUAGGGUCGUGGUGCUUCCACAUGACAUUGAAAUAUGAAAUGCAGUUGUUGGAUGAACUUCCCAUGAUCUACAGCUGCUGUAUAUUUGUCUACUGCCUGUACGAAUGCUUCAAACACAAGAAUACACGCAACUACCUUCUAGCUUUUAUUCUGGUACUAUUCAGUGGGAUAGUGACCAUAGUAUAUCUCGAGUGGAAGGAACCAGUGUUUCACCAGGUUAUGUAUGGUUUUCUAGUUGGGUGCUUAGUCCUGCGAUCUAUAUAUAUUGUUACCUGGGUCUACCCAUGGCUGCGACCUCUUGCCUAUACCUCCUUAGGUGUGUUCUUGAUGGGCUUUAUUCUCUGGAAUGUGGACAACAUCUUAUGUGAUAAUUUGAGGGAGGUCAGGCAAAAAGUGCCAUUCCAUCUCCUUGGUGCCCUGACACAAUUCCAUGCAUGGUGGCACAUUCUAACAGGCCUAGGCUCAUACCUGCACAUUCUUUUCAGUUUUUGCUUGGCGUUUGGCCUGUUAUCUGGGUGGAGACACCUCCUAAGAAGCACUAAAAGACAUCGGAAGUCAAAAUCUCUGAAAAACAACAAGCUGUACCUCAGCCCCUGGGAAUCAAUGUGCCAGAUUCUGCGGAGUUGGUGUCUUGUGAGUGAAAGGUUUCAACGGAAUCAUGACAAGAAGAAACAGAGAGAUAUUUCCGAUCAUGCCAAGUUUUUUGUAUUUAUUUUUGUAAAGCACUGCCAGGUGUGGUGGAAUUAAAAGGGUUGUUUUCAAUUUAAAGUAGGUAGGCAGGGGGGCACUGCAGCUUGUAUAAUGAUUGCUAGGUUUUUGUUAACACCUCAAAUAACCAACUAAACCCGAGAGCAGCUAAGUUCUUUUGGCCAAAACAUUGAACAAAUAUGGGAAACUAAUUGCUCUUUACAGCAUUUUUUUAUUUUUAAUUUGGCUCUUGUUCACAGUUCUGCCCAUCUCAUUAAAUAAUCUGCCAUUUGUAGACUGUGUCCAUAGGCACCGUCUCAUGAGAAGUGCAUGAACGAAGGUUAAAGUACCAGCAGUGAGCAAGGGUUGAGUUGCAGGGGGAUGGUCAGGGAGAGGGUGUGGGUGUCGGGAUCAAGGGCAGAUAUUGGGAAAAGUGCCGGGGUUAUACUCCCUCUUCGUUCCAUUGUUUCCACUUCUGCCUUGGCUCCUCACUGGCUGCGUGCUGUUCUCCGACAAGUUGCUGAAUUUUUAUCAUGGGAUGUUUGGUAGGGGAGAGUGGUAUAGGUAAUAAAUUAUGUUUGUGGGGAGGAGUGUGUUCAUGCAUUUGGAGUGAAAAUCCUCUGUGUUGCCAUCAUUUUGGUUAGGAAGCAAGAAGCUGUUGAGAGGUGGCAGCAAACUCUCAACAAAGGAUUUGGAUUCCUUUGUAUAUGAAUUUGUGCUGGUCACAUAAACAGUAAAUCAUUUUUGCGUGUGUAUGUGUGUGUGUGUAUGAGUGUUGGGUAAGGAGAGAUGGAGCACUCCACUGAAUUUAAACUAUUCAGAUUGAGACUCAUUUAUUUAUCAUUGCACUUACAUACUGGAGGGAGGAGGGGUCACUGGUUCUAGUGCCUCCUGCUGCCCGCAUAAACCUCCUACCCCCGAACCCACCGACCAGGGGAGCUGUGGGGGCUGCCAGCACUCGUGCUCGCUGGUCUUUGUCCUCAGUGCUUUCCGGCUCGACGUCCAUCCACAGGAUGUCCUUUGUCACAUGUCCAUGUCACUCGUCUUUAAGCGUGGAGAGGAGACCUAUACUCUGACCUGAGCUCAAAUUCUUCCACAUCACUUUCCCUAAACUAUGCAUGACCCCUAGCUCCCUUUACUGUCUCCAAAACCAUCCUUUCAAACCUAAAAACUACAACAGCCUAUUCUGACCUUGAUGGAGGCUGUAGCUUUGCACCAUUUUGACCAACACAACUUGUCCACCCUCUUCCAGAUGCCCAUAUUGUAGCUUUAAAUCCCAAAUAAGAACCCCUGUAGUUCAGUCAGUAUCCUUCCUAUAUAUAGUGACAUACACCAAAGAGUUCAAGAAAAUGAUUUGCUGCCACAGUUUCUGUGGGGAGUUUGUACACUUCCUUUCUCCACUGGCUGUGCAACAGACUUCAGUUCUUGAGUAGUUUCACUUUGCUUAUGAGAAGAAAUUUGGUCUCUAAAACUUAUUUAGGAAUAAGUAAUAUAAUUCUUCAUUAGCAUUUGUAUGUGGUUCAGUCUAUUCUUGAGCAGCUAUAAAGAGUCUGGCAUCUUUGCUCUGUUCUUUCUGCACACACCACCAUACCCCCUCCCACCCACUUUCCCCUGCAGUGGUUACAUGCCCUUUUACCAUGUUUAACAGUAACUUUCAAAACAUGAACAUCAAAAUCGUGUAUUUUAUUUUAUUUAGAGAUACAGUGUGGACUGGGCCCUUCAGACCUAAUGAGCCACACCACUCAGCAACCCACCUAUUUCAACAUAGCCUAAACAAAGUAAAUUUACAAUGACCAAUUAACCUACUAACCAGUGCAUCUUUGGGCUGUGGAGGAAACCAAAGCACCUGAAGGAAAGCAGUCCUGACAAAGGGUCUCAGCCCAAAACGUUGACUGCUCGUUUCCAUGGAUGCUGCUCGACCUGCUGAGUUCCUCCAGCUUGUUUGUACAUGUUGAUUUGACCACAGCAUCUGCAGUGUACUUUGUGUAUACUGAAGGAAACCCAUGCAAUUCACGGGGGUGGACAUACAAACUCCUUACAGACAGCACCGGAACUGAACUCCAAACUCCAAUGCCCUGAGCUGUAAUAGUGUCAUGCUAACCGCUAGGCUAAUAUCUGAAAAGCGCCAUCAUGUUUAUUUAAUGUAUAAUCCAAUGUAGUUGCUUUGAGAAAGUUUUACAUUCCAGAAGUAAAUUGCGUACAUUUUUUACGAGACUGCAGUGGUUCUUCUGUACAGUGCAAUGUUUAUUUAGCACUGAUGUCAGGCGAUUAAGGUCAGUGUAGAAAGGUCGUUUGCUUUCUCUGUGUAGUUUCAUUUUAUUCUGCAGGGGUUUAUGUGGCAGCCCACGAGGAAUUGAUGGAAACGCUGUCAAUCAUGCCGUUAAUUUGAAGAUCCACUGUCAGUAUCAAUAGUAUUGAUUCACUAACAUUAUGUAUAUUCUCAAGCUGCUAAUACACUGCCUAGAUAUGUUGUAGCUGGGUCCAAGAAUGUAACAAAAAUUAUUGUCGAAAAGGAAGGCAUGUACCGAAUAUGUUUCAUUGUUGAAAUUAAAACCCUGGUGACUACUGAUGUAAAUGCUUUGCUGAAUAUAGUUUUUAAGUUUGUUUUUGCAUAGUUUUUAAGUUAACACUUCUGCCGAAUUAGUAACAUGGGUAGUGAAUAUGACUCCUGUAUUUUGAUGAUUCCAAAAGGGCAAGAUGAACAAAUGGCCAUGGUCAGUUUGUCCAAGAGCCUUGAGUCUUCCCCUUGUAAGAAAUAAACACUCCCCCCCCCCCCCCGCCACACCCACACUACCCACCACAUAGCAACUCCAAACACUAUCAAGCAACUGGACAACAAAAUACAUUUAAAUGAUGUUUGAUUGAUUGCUGGAUGUGUACUGUAUCUGAUUCUUCGUCUAUACCCCUCAAACCUCUCACUGCCAUGGUGCAAGUGAUUGUUGGAACAAUUUCCCCACUUAAAUAGCACGUGGAAAUGAUGUGUUAUCUGCAUUGAUAUUUGUAUUCAUUUUUGCUUUUUUCUCAAUGAUACCUAAUUAAUAAAUCUCUUGAUAAUUUGAGCACACAAGCUGUACACUCAUCCUGAUGAAGGGUCUCGAACUGAAGUGAUGACUGCCCAUUACUCUCCACAGAUGCUGCUAGACCCGCUGAGUUCCUCCAGCAUCUAGACUGUUGCUCCAGGUUCCAGCACCUUGUAACUCCCUGCACUCAGCCAAAGGCCAUGAGUCUCCAAGUCACAGAGCUCCAUGCAUUUGACACUUUAAUGUUAAUUUGUUAGUUCUUUCCUCUCUGAUGGUUCAAAGGGCUUUCAAUCUGCGCUGGGAAUUCUGUACGAUCAUUCCUAGCCUGAGCAGGAGGGGAUUGCUUUGUAUCGGAUCAUCUCUGGUGUGCGCCUCCAAUGCACUGAUCUGUAUUGUGUGUGUGUGUG